AUGAGCGGAAAGCGAUACUACAGCGAAGACCAGGCUGCAGCAAGCUCCUCUCGUCCCCAGAAGAAAUUCCACCAUGACUCCCGGAACACCUUAUCGCACGACUGCUAUACCGUCGCAUGGAUAUGUGCGUUACCGUUAGAGAUGAGCGCUGCUCGAGCGAUGCUAGAUGAUGUCCACGAGGCUUUGCCGCAAGAUGUCAAUGAUAGCAAUUGCUACGCACUUGGGACUGUCGGAAAGCACAGUGUCACCAUUGCAUGUCUACCAGAUGGCCACUAUGGAACGAAUAACGCUGCUAUCGUCUUCACGAAUAUGAGGCGGACCUUCAGAAAUAUCCAGCUGGGGUUGAUGGUGGGGAUCGGAGGUGGUGCACCAAGUAAAGCCGACCUACGUUUGGGGGAUAUCGUUGUCGGAUCAGCGGUUAUACAGCACGAUAUGGGCAAGGCUAUGAGUGACGGGCUGUUAAAUCGGACAUCCAUUCCACGGCCGGUUCCCAGCUCCGUCAGCACUGUUAUUUCCAGCCUGCGAUCGAAACAUUCCUCAACAUCCAGCCGAGUCCCGUCCAUCCUAAGAGAAAGGUCCGAGGCACUCAACGGUUUCGAGCGGCCUGUUUCAACAGAUCGUUUGUUUGUAGCCACAUACCAGCAUGAAUCCUCCACCCCAGACUGUACACGCUGCGAUGAGUCGAAGCUCGUACAACGUACACAUCGGAUCUCCAAUGACCCCGUUAUACAUUAUGGGGCAAUUGCUUCGGGUAACCAAGUUAUCAAGGACAGCUCAAUUCGAGAUAAGCUUGCGGAAGAGCUGGAUAUCAUUUGCUUUGAGAUGGAGGCUGCAGGAAUGAUGGACAUUUGCCCAUGCCUCCCAGUUCGUGGCAUUUGUGAUUACUCAGACUCCCACAAGGCAAAGGAAUGGCAGAAGUAUGCUGCAGCAACUGCAGCUGCUUAUGCAAGGGAGUUUCUGGAAGAGUUGGCUGUUUGCAAAGUGGUCUUAGAACACCAGCAGGAACUUCAAAUUUAUCUCGACGAGAAGGACAAGGAAUGCCUGAGAGACUUACGUAUCACGAACCCAGAAGAUGACAAAGAGAUGAUUAUCAAGGCGAAAGGCGGUCUUCUCGUUGAAUCCUACUGGUGGGUCAUGGAAAAUGAAGACUACCAACAGUGGGCAAAGGACAAUGAGAGUCGUUUACUGUGGGUCAAGGGCGACCCAGGAAAGGGCAAGACCAUGCUCUUGUGUGGCAUCAUCAACGAACUGGAAAGCUCUCCUGCACCUGACACUGUCUUUUACUUUUUCUGUCAAGCUUCCGAGCCUCGACUACGAAGUGCCUCGGCCGUACUUCGUGGCCUCAUCUGGUUCCUCGCACGAAGACGACCAAACCUCAUCGCUUAUAUCCGCAAGGAAUACGACGACUCUGGGAAGGACGUUUUCAAAGAUCACAACGCUUGGCAAGCUUUAUCAAACAUCAUGGCCUUGAUUCUCGAUGAUGAAACUACCAGUGACUGCAUUUUUGUUGUCGACGCCCUUGAUGAGUGUUUGGAAGAUCGAGAGAGGCUUAUUGAACUUGUAACCCGAUUCUAUUCUACCUCGAAGGCAAAAUGGAUUGUUUCCAGUCGUAACUGGCCUGAAAUAGAAGCUCAGCUGGACGGGGUCAUGACUAAUCGAGUACAUUUAGAGCUCAAUCACUCCUCAAUCGCCGAAGCUGUGCAAAGGUUCAUAAUUCGCAGAGUCGAGGAUUUAGCCAAGAGGAAGAGGUACACUGAGUCGACACGUGACGCGGUUCUACAACAUCUCCUUGAGAACGCGGACGACACGUUCUUAUGGGUUUCCGUGGUCUGCGAAGAGUUGGCAAAAUAUAGUGUUUUGCCACAUCACACCUCGAAGGUCUUGCAAUCUUUUCCUCCUGGGCUUGACAAGCUUUAUCAGCGGAUGAUCAACCAAAUACUUCAUUCGAGAGACGAAGAAACUUGUAAGGCUAUCCUCUCAGUUGUUACUGCUGCGUUUGAGCCUCUUAGCCUAGCAGAACUAGCUAGUUCUGACGAUAGGCUUACGUGCUUCCAAUCGGAUCUACAAACAUUAUCGAGUAUCGUCACCUGCUGUGGUUCAUUCCUUACGCUUCGAAACAAUAUUGUCUACACGGUCCAUCAAUCAGUGAGGGACUACCUGAUAUCUUCGUCUGACAUAUUCCCUUCGAGCAUAUCAGCACAGCACUAUUCGAUCUUCCAAAGUACCUUGCAAAGCAUUCAAGAGAACCUCCACAGAAACAUUUACAAUGCACCUGAUGAUACUCUCUAUAUCCAUGAGAUUUCAAAGCCUUCAUCGACUGUCUUGGAUUCCAUCAGGUACGGAUGCAUCUACUGGGUCGAGCACCUUUCUAAAUCGCCUGCGCAUGCAAUUCGAAGUCCGUCUACCUGUUUACUAGUUGAAACAUUUCUCAAAACUAGAUACCUAUACUGGUUGGAAGCUAUGUCGUUACUACGUUGCGUUUCAACGGCAAUAAGAGCAAUUGGACAACUAGGGUCCGACUUGCCAGAAACGAAGUCACCAGAAUGGAAAGACUUGGCCGAGGACGCUCUUCGAUUCGCUCUGAAUCACAGGGCGAUCUGCGAUACAGCCCCACUUCAACUUUAUGACUCGGGAUUGAUAUUUAGUCCUGAGCAAAGUCAAGUGAGGCAAAACUUCAUAUCCGAAAUUUCCUCCAACAUCAGCAUUUUCCCGUCUUCUUUUCAGCAAUGGGAUGUAUGUCUAUUCAAGGUCCAAAACAUAGCGGAUCCUUACUGCGGUCUCAAAGCCUCGCCUGACGGUCGAAGACUCGCAAUGGCACAAAGCGACGGCAUCAUCAUUGUUCUAGACAGCUUUACUGGAGAGAUUGUUCGGAAAAUCAACUGUCCUCAGGAGAUCAUAUCGAUUUUAGGCUUCGACGUGGAAGGGAAGCGUCUGGCGACAGUGAUUUGCGACGGUCAAGGAGACCACCAUGUGACCAUCUGGAACACACACAGUGGAGAUUUUAUACAGACUUUUGAAAGUGACACUGGCGUCGUGUUCCUCUCUCAAAACAGGGUGUAUCUCGCUUUAGCUGAGCGUGGUGGAUCAGUGCGUGUCUGCGAUCCGUGGAAUGGAUCUGUCAAGUACACUAUAGACCCACGACACGGGAAAGGAAAGAUUAAGUGGAUUGACUUUGGCCUCACCAAAUUCGAAGAGCCAUGUGUUUUCUCAAUCGUUUCAACAGAAUGCCAGGCUGAAUUUGUUGUUCAGAAUCCCCAGACAGGUCAGGUGCCCGAAUCGGAAGGGUAUCAGUAA